UUAGCUCUUGCUAUCAUCCUAAGAGGUUUCUGACAUCAUCGGUCCAGGAUGGCGGUACCGGUGUCUCCCGGGAGAGACGUAUUCGCAGAGGGGUUGCUUGAAUUGCUGAAGCCGGCUGUGCAACAGCUCGACUCGCAUGUACACGCUGUGAGAGAGAGCCAAGUUGAUCUCCGUGAACAUAUUGAUAGUUUAGCUUUAGAGCUCUGCAAGAUCAAUGAAGAUCAGAAGGUCGCUCUAGAUCUGGACCCAUAUGUGAAAAAGCUACUGAAUGCUCGUCGUAGAGUGGUCCUGGUGAACAACAUUCUGCAAAAUGCACAGGAGCGCUUGAGACGUCUCAAUCAUAGCGUAGCCAAAGAGUCUGCUCGGAGAAGAGCUAUGCUGGAUUCAGGAACCCAUCACCCCCCAGCAUCUCCCAAUAAAUGAAACCGAAUGGUUUGAAGGAGCUGAGCUGUCUUUCUACUACCACCAGAUGAGAUUGCUACCAGCCCAAGCCUACAAGCUUCUUUCCUUAAGGGGACAAGUCUAUAACAUGCUGCCCCAAACCUAAUCUUGUAGUGCCAAAGGUCCACAAGAUUAACUGCACUAGAAGGAACAUCUUCCAAAAUGCAUGACUCUUCCCUUCCUAGAGCUGCUAUUUGAGCAGCAAGUAACUGAGGGGAUAAUAUGUUCUCUGGCCAUAGUACAUAGAUAAGUCAUUGCCAAUAAUGUCCUGCAUUCCAUUCUGCUGAUUUCAGUUGUUUCAGUUCCAUUGCUUGUAAACUUGUUGUGGAGCUUUUGCAGUUUUAAGCAAAUGAUGGCUAAACUCUAGAUUGUAAAACAUUGCUGUCAUUCAUAUGUUAAAUCUUUCAGAGAGAAGGGUGUUCGUAUAAAAUUUGAUAUGUAAACUUGAUUAUAGAAUUAGAGCAUGCAAGUUGAGUGUUGGGUCAGAAUAGUGUGCAUGUCCAUGACAUUGUUACCCAUUCCUCUGGCAGAUGCCCUGUGACAAUUGCCCCUUUGCCCAGAGAGUUGUUGCAAACGUAUAAACGUAUAUGCAUAUUUAGUUUCUUCCUCCGUAUGUACAGCUGCUAAAUGUGUUUUUAUGCUAAAGCCAGUCCUACUGAAUAAUGCUUUUUCUUGACCUUUUAUGACUAAUUUCAAUAAAUGUUAUUUAUCAAACGGUGA